ACACACGCUCACGCGCGCGCACAUUAUUAUCGAUAUCUCUCGGCGGCCGACGGCUACGGCGGUGAUGACAAGGUAGCAGCGGCAGCGUCUCGUACGGCGUCUAUCUCUGUGCAUUGUAAUAUAGUAAUAUUAGCGGCGGCAAACCACCAACCGACCACGACCACCAGUCACCGCCGCGAUUCCCGUACCCGUCUUCCACUCUGCCCGCGUCCGUUCUCGCCGACACGCCGAGCACCGUCUACGACGACGACGACGACGACGACUUUGGCCGUAAACACGUCGCCGCGGCCGAACGACGCGCGCGGAACCACUGUGUGACGGUGCCCGACACCACGAUGAUCGCAGUUCGCGGCUGAGUGUACAUCCGAUUCCGAGUGCCGACCCGUGUUGUUCAACUCGUCUCGUUCGCGAGUCGUCAUUGUCGUUGACGUUUGUUGUCGCCGUUGUCGUUUUGGCGUUCGCGGCGCGCCCGCCGUAAGUAUACGCUCCGUCCGCGCCGGUCCUUUGCCAGUGCGGUACGACCGUUUCGAGCCGCCCGCCCGACCGAGUGGCACGGCGUUUUGUUUCAGCGUCGCCGGCGAAUCGUGACCGCCGCCGAUAUACAAAUCCGUCCGUUCGGUAGGUAAUUUCAGCUCGACGCACUCAAAACGCACGUACUGCCAGCGAACGAGCAGUGUUUUGUUCACGCUCCGAUUAGCUUGUUCGUUCGCGAAAUCGCAGACAUGUCAGAGGAGUCGACGGCUGCAGUCAAUGAUGCAAUGACGGUGCCAGAUACGAGUGGCAGCGGUGGCGGUUAUCGUCACAAGCACUGGUACUGAAAUCGACGACAUCGGAAACUGUCUGCACACGAUCGCUCAAAGAGUAGAAUUUUCAUUUUAGAAAUUGGAAUCAAAAAAUAUUCACCAUUUACCGAAAAAAGACUAAUAUGAGGCAGGGACGAGGAGGCCAACGUAGUAAAAAGUCUGGAUGCAGUAGACGAGGUGGAGGAGCUGGAGGUGGAAGUGUUGGUGGAGCCGGUAAUACAGGAGGUGGUGGUGGUUCAGCUGUAGCUUUAGCUGCAACUUUAGUAGAUGAUGGUAUAGGUGGCGGCGGUGUACCUGGAGGACCUGGAGGUUCAGCAGCAGCCGCAGCCGCUGCUGCUGCUGCUGCUGCAGCGGCAGCUGCUUCAUCAUGGAAAACUGGUGGCGGUCCAGGAGGACCAGGCAGUGGUCCAGGAGAUCCAUUCGGCAUGGGUUAUGGGGGUGGCCCUGGAGGACCUGGAGGUGGUGGUCCAUACCAGCAACAUCAUCAACAACAAGGUCACCAGUCUCCGUCAUUGUUCCAUCAGCAACAAGGUUCGCCCGCACCAGGAGGUGGCCCUUAUGGAGGCGGUGGCGGUGGUAAUAGUACUCCACAACACCAACAACAGCAACACUACAGCCCAUCAACACCUGGAGGCGGUGGUUCUUCAACCCCUGUACCUUAUGGUGGUGGACCGGGCACUCCAAAUAGCCAGCACGGAGGUGGCGGUGGACCAUUUAAUGGUGGUGGUGGUGGAGCACAGAUGCCAUUUGGAUCUCCAUCUUCAGUCAGUUCUGGUGGUGGAGGAUUCGGCAGUGGUGGCCCCGGAAGCAAUAGACCCGGAUCUGGUCCUCCGCCCCCGCAACAAUCACCAUUUGGCGGUCAGCAAUUUUAUGGGGGUAGUGGUGGUGGUCCCAUGCCUCCAGGUUCACCGUUUAGUCAGCAACAACAAAUGAUGAAUCAUCACGGUGGUGGUGGAGCGGGCGGAGGAAUGAUGAAUGCUGGGGACUCUGGUCCUGGCGGUCGCAUGAUGGUUGACCAUCCUUCGUGUUUUCCAUCAUCAAUGGUUGGAGGACCCAGUGGACCUGGUGGUGGUGGUGGAGGUCGGCGAGGGUAUGGUGGACCAGGAGGAUAUGGUGGUGGACCACCUGGUCAUCAUGGUGGUGGACCACCAGGACAUCAUGGUGGUAGUGUGUUAGGAGGUCCUCAUGGGGGACCUCCAGGACAUUUAGGGGGUGGAGUGCAUCACAGUGGUCCUUCAGGACAUCACGGAGGACCACCUGGUGGUCCUCCUCAUCACGGUGGUGGUGGACCCCCGGGACAUCACGGAGGUCCUCCACACCAUGGUGGCCCACCUGGAAGUGGGCCCCAUGGUGGACCACCUCACCCACAUGGUGGUGGCGGACCACCACACCAUGGAGGUGGCGUUCCUCUUCACCCACAUGGGGGCGCAGGAGUUCCACCUCAUGGGCCACCACAUCAUCCGCAUGGCCCUCCGCAUCAUGGUGGUCCACAUGGACCUCCACCACCUCCACACCCACAUCCACCACAUGCACAUCAUGUGCAGCCUGAUUAUCGAAUAUUUGAAUUAAAUAAGAGGCUGCAAAAUCGUAAUGAGGACAGUGACAAUGUAUGGUGGGACCAGUUUGCCACUGAAUUUUUCGAAGAUGAUGCCACAUUGACACUUACGUUUUGCUUAGAAGAUGGUCCCAAGCGCUACUCCAUCGGACGAACCCUGAUUCCUAGAUACUUUAGGUCAAUAUUUGAGGGCGGAGUUACUGAUCUAUAUUAUCAUUUGAGAGCUAAUGCCACUAAAGAAUCUUUUCACAAUACCAGCCUUACUCUAGACUGUGAUCACUGUACCAUGGUGACCACGCAUUUGACAUCAAGUCCAGGUAGUGGGCCACCGUCUUCCAUUCCUCAGUCGCCAGGACCUGGUGGUCCAGGUAGUGUCGGAGGAGGACCUCCUACAUCACUAAACGGUGGUAUUGGAAUGCAGAAAUCUUUGGUGGCUCAGGGUCCUCCGUCAUCACAGCAAUCAGUGCUUGGUGGCGGUGGACCGAUGGGUGGUGCCGGAGGACCUCCAUCACCGCCUGUAUAUACCAGGGUGUGCACUGAGGGUAGAUUAACCUUAGAAUUUACAUAUGAUGAUAUGAUGCGUAUUCGGACGUGGCAUUUAGCAGUCAGACAACACAGGGAAUUGGUUCCAAGAUCAUCUGCAGCCGCAGCUGUUGCAGCUGUUGUUAUGAUGCAGCAAGGAGGUCCUGGAGGUGGUGGUGAUGGAGGGCCACCAGGUGGACCCCCACCACCUAAUGCUGAAAUUGUUCACCAACAAGUAGCAAAAAAUAUCACGCGACAGGGCAUUACAAACUCAACGCUUAAUUAUCUAAGAUUAUGUGUCAUAUUGGAACCCAUGCAAGAAUUGAUGUCCAGGCACAAAGCUUAUGCACUCAGUCCUAGAGAUUGUCUGAAGACUACUUUAUUUCAAAAGUGGCAACGUAUGGUUGCACCACCAGAAUCGCAGAGACCGGCCAAUAAAAGGCGCAAGCGCAAGGGUAGUAACUCUGGAGCUGGCGGAGGUCCUCCUACUACACUUGGUGGUGGUGGACCUGGUGGCGGACCCGGUGGCGGGCCGACUGCUGCUUCGAAGAAACGGAGCCCUGGACCAAAUGGUGGUGGUGGUGGGGGCGGUGGAGCUGGUGGCGCAGGGUUCAACCUAGCAUCACAGGACGUGAUGGUUGUUGGAGAACCAUCGCUGAUGGGCGGUGAAUUUGGGGACGAAGAUGAACGUUUGAUCACGCGACUGGAAAACACCCAGUAUGAUGCUGCUGCAGCAGCUGCUGCCGCCGCCGCCGCCGCUGCAGCGGCAGCUGCAGCUGCUAACUCAGCUGCGGUUUCAGUAAUGGGUGUUGGUCCUGGUGGUCCAGGAUCUGUAGGAUCAGCUGGAGGCAAUGAUCUUCAACAGCAUAUAGGUGGUGGCGGAGGCGGACCUGGCGGUAUGGGACCAGGUAGUGGAGGUGGACCUGGUGGUAUGGGAUCAGUUAGUGGCGGAGGAGGACCGAUGGGACCUGGAGGACCGAUGAAUGUUGGUGGACCUGGAGGACAAAUGGGACCAGGAGGUCUUAUGGGUAGCGAUUCUCUAUUUCCACCACCUGGAUCUGGAGCAGAUGGCAGCGCUCCAGGCACGCCAACUGGUGGUGGUGGUGGUGGAGGUGUAGUUUCUCAGUCGUCAUCUUCAAAUAAUCCCAAUGGCCUUCAGCAACAACAACAAAACUCUUGGGUCACUGGACCACCUAGUGGUGGUGGCAGUGGUGGGGGACCUCCAAAUGGUGGCCAAUCUGGACAAAAUAGUGGUGGUGGGCAACAGCAACAAAAUCCAGGAAGUAAUCCUGGAGCCGGAGGUGGAUCAUCUAUUGGAGGUAACGGUAACCCUGGAAGCAAUGGUGGUCCAAAUAGCGUCGGUGAUUCUAUAUCAUCUGGCGGUGGAGAUAAAAAGUCUCCAGCAUCUGCCGCUUCCCAACAACAACAACACAUGGGAUUGUAAAUAACACUGCCAAUCAAUACACAUAAUACUUAAAAUGUCUUGUCAUUUUUUGUUCAUGUGCACACCAAACAUACACAGUAUAAAACAAACAAUGUUAAUAUCAAAAUAUUUACAUCGCUUAAUAAGUAUACGCAAAAAUCGGCGAAUUUUAUUGAUUGUUUUAUUUUUAUUUUAUCAUUAUUAUUAUUAUUAUUAUUAUUAUAUUAUUAUUAUUAUUAAUAUUAUCUUGUAAAUACAGUGACAAUUAUUAUAAUUGAAAGAAAUUCAUUUUUAGAAUUUUUAUAGACGCGGACAAUUUUUGACUACUAUUAUUACUUAAUAUUAUUAUUACUAUUCUAUCAAUAUUGAUUAUACAUUAUAUUAAUUAUUAUUACACUAUUGUGACUACAACAAUAUAUUGUGUGUGUAUAUAUUAUUACUUGAAAUGGUUUAAAAAAUAAUUACAUUUUUUACAAUUAAGAUUUUUCGUCCGCAUUUAGAUAUAAUUAAUUUGAUUAUUAUUAUUAUCAAUGUAUAUAUAUAAAUAAAUCACGAUAAGAAUAUGUAUAACAUAACGAUUGAUUCGCGUUUAAGGGUUUUUAUAAUGUAAUAGAAAUAUAUUGACGAUUAAUUAUAAUAAUUAAUCUUAAAUAUAUAUAUAUAAUAUAUAUAUAUACAACCAAUAUUAUUUCAACCAAAUGUAAAUGUG